AUGUCAGAACAACGCAACAUCGUCAUUAUCGGCGCGUCAGGCGCUGGCCUUCAGGCAACCCAUUACAUCCUCAAGCAUAUUCUGCCUGCUCUCAAGGCCAGGAAUGACGCCAAGUACCAUGUCUACAACAUCUCGCCAUCUUCGCAGUGGUACUUCAGGGUCGCCUCACCACGAGUAGCAGCUUCAACCGACCGCAUGCCGACUGAGAAGGUUCUGUUUGAUCUGCAUGAGGGCUUCAAACAGUACUCCAAGGAUGACUUUACUUUCAUCGAAGCCUCCGCUACUGGUCUAGAGCCAUCAGCGCGACGUGUGCUAUUCCGCAGCAACAAGGGACUAGAGGACGAGUCAUUAAACUACCAUGCCCUCGUUGUCGCGACAGGAAGCAAAACUUACUUCCAAGCUUUCUCGAUGAGCGCCGAUGCUCGAAGCACUCUGGACGCAAUCAGCUCGACGAACGAUAAGAUCAAAUCGGCGAAAAAGAUUGUGAUCGUCGGCGGUGGUCCAACAGGGGUUGAAUUCGCAGGCGAAGUUGCGGAGCACCGCAAUGGCAAGCCGGGAUGGUUCAGCAAGGUGCAGCCAAAUGUUGACGUUACCUUGAUCACAUCGGAUAAACAACUUCUUCCAGGUCUUCGCCCUGCGAUCGCCCAAAUAGCAGAGCACAAGCUCAGCGCACUUGGCGUAAAGGUUGUUUACAACACACGGGUAACAGACUCAACGCAGACGACAGAUGGCCGCACAGCACUUACCCUCAAGAAUGGUGACAAGCUGGAAGCAGAUCUCUACGUUCCCGCCUACGGUGUUCAACCCAACUCCUCUUGGCUCCCAGAGCAGCUCCUCAACGAGAAGGGUUACCUCGUUACUAACGACUCCACCCUCCGCGUUGACAUCGCAGGCCCUCGUGUCUACGGCUUCGGUGAUAUUGCGUCCUACUCGCGCAACAACUUCUGGGACAUCAACCAAGCUCUACCUACCCUAGUUACAAACCUCAAGCGCGACCUGCUCUCCUUCAACCCCAUGCUUCCUGAAGAGAAACCCAGGGGCCAAGACAGAGUGUACACGCUUGAUACGAGAAAGUCGAUGAUUGUGCCGAUUGGAAGUGGAGGUGGUGUUGGUGCUGUUAUGGGAUGGAAGGUACCUUCUUUCUUCGUAUGGAUGCUAAAGGGCAGGGAUUUCAUGUUGGGCAUGAGUGGACUGCCGACGCUAAAUGGUGGAAAUGUCAAGAAGGAGGUUAAGUGGACAAAGGAGGAGGCUGCUAUCUAA